AUGGAUGUAGCUACUAAUGAGAUGACACACGAUGAUAUUUGGGAUGACUCCCUCCUCGUUGACUCGUGGAACCAGGCUUUGGAAGAAUACAAGAAGUAUCACAGUAUCCACGCGCGUGGUGGGAAGGUGGAAGACAUCCUGACGGCGGAGGCCCAACCGUCGCGACAACGGGAUGCCAAGCCUGAAACGGGCAAGGGAGGGGAGCCUAUCGAAGGACCUGACCUCGAUGCUCUCGGGCAAGGCCACGAAACGUCAGCUCGCGACGAGGGUGCGCAUGCAAGUCAGGACCAGAAAGACGGCGAGAGCGCAAGCAGACACCAAGCAAGCUCGGGAGGUCAGGAUGCGGUUCAUGGCGGCGUGCCUCCCCAAGUCCUCCUACAAUCAGUGCGAGAUGAAGGACUCAAGAAACUAUUGAUGUCCUGGUAUUAUGCAGGAUAUUACACGGGCCUCUACGAGGGACAGCAAAAGGAGCCUAGGGAAUCCUAG